AUGUUCAAGUUCCCUGGAGUCGCACUCAUCACCGGUGCCGGUGGCACAGGCAUCGGAGCAGCCGUUGCUAGAGGCUUUGCUCGGUCAGGCUGCUCAAGGAUAGCCAUCACGGACCUGAACCAGAAGUCUCUCGCAAGCACGCGGGAUGCGAUACUCGAGAUCCACCCGAAAGCAGAGGUUUUCAGUCAGGAGGGCGAUAUCUCAGAUGAGGGCUUCGUCAACUCACUCGUAGGAGAUGUUGCGAGGAGGUUCUCUAGAGUUGACUAUUCUGUGAGCUGUGCGGGUAUUUUGGGAGCUUCGCUGCGAUCUCAUGAGACCACUACAUCCGCUUUUGAUCUCAUCAACCAGGUCAACUACAAGGGCAGCUGGCUGGUUUCUCGAGCGGUCCUCGGUCACAUGCUGAAACAAGACCUACUGAAGGAGCACCCUGAACAGAGGGGAUCGAUUGUGAAUAUCGCGAGUCAGCUUGGUGUUGUAGCUAGACCGAAAGCUGCUCCGUAUUGUGCGUCGAAAGCUGCCAUCAUCAACAUGACGAAGUCUGAUGCCAUUGACUACUCGCAAGAUGGCAUUCGAGUCAAUUGCGUUUGUCCAGGCGUGAUAGCAACACCGAUGACGACGGCAAAUGAGGAACUUGUUGAGAGAUUGAGGCCUGCCAUUGACAUCGCACCGAUGAAGCGGAUGGGAACGCCUGAAGAGGUAGCCAACGCCGUUUUGUUCUUAUGUUCUAGUCAGGCAUCAUUCGUCCAGGGACACGCUCUGGUAGUCGACGGUGGUUACACUAUCAAUUAA